AUGGUUGUUUUAGCUGCAUCAAUUUGUACCCGUGGUGGUAAGGCGUUAUUGUCGAGACAAUUUAGGGAUAUUUCCAAGGAUAGAAUCACUGCAUUGUUGGCCAAUUUCCCGAGCUUGAUUUCCAACUCUACUAGUCAACAUACUAGUGUUGAGGAUGAAAACGUUAGAUAUGUUUACCAGCCAUUGGAAGAAUUUUACAUCGUUUUGAUUACAAACAAAACUUCCAACAUUUUGCAGGAUAUUGAUACGUUACACUUGUUUGCGUCAACAAUCAGCAACAUCUUGAGAAAUGUUGAUGAACGCGAAAUCUUUGACAAUGCGUUUGAUAUUAUCGAUGCGUUUGAUGAAGUGAUCAAUUUGGGAUACAAGGAGAACUUAUCUUUGAGCCAAGUACAAACAUUCCUCGAAAUGGAUUCGCAUGAAGAGAAAAUCCAAGAGAUUAUCGAGAGAAACAAGGAGUUGGAAGCUACAGAAGAGAGAAAGAGAAGAGCCAAGGAAAUACAGAGAAAGGAAAUGGCAAGACAAGCAAGUGGACUUGGAGCUGGUGCAGGUGCGGGAUACAACGCAUCCUUUAAUCAAGGUAUGAAUUACGGAAUGGGCAACUCUACACAAUCAGUUCAACCUACAUACCAACCUUCACCAACUAUCGAGACAGCUGGUACUGAGCAACCUACUAAACUGUCCUUCUCUUCAAGACCAAGAGGAGGUGGGCUACAAUUGGGCAAGAAGCCAACUAAAGCAAGGUCAGCCACUUCUGCCGCUGCAUCCUCUGCUGGAUCAGCAAAUGAACCGUUACUCUCUACACAGCAACCAGUUUUCCACCACGCACCAUCACAACAGCAACAGCAACAGCAACAACAACAACAGUAUAGUACACCGGUUUCCAAAAGUGGGUCUCCUGCUCCACAAGCUUCAAGAGUGCCCAAUAAUGGUAUUUUGGUCACAAUAAAUGAAAAAGUGAAUGCCAAAUUAACACGUGACGGUUCAAUUAAAUCGUCUGAAGUCAAGGGAGAUUUGAUCCUCAGGAUAAACGACCUGGCAUUGGGCAACUCCAAGAUUUUGCUCAAAUUCCAUGACAAGGCAGAUAAGAAACUGUUCAAGAUUCACCCAAAUGUUGAUCGUAAUAAAGUUCAUAAUGAAAAUAUCAUUACUGUUAAGGACAAGACAAAGACAUUCCCAACAAACGACCAGGCAACUGGUGUUUUGAAAUGGAGAUAUCUUGGUAAAGCCGAUGAUACAAGCUUUAUUCCAAUCUUGAUUACUGCAUGGGUAAAUAUAGAUGACGAGUCUUCGACAGCCUCGGUGACAUUGGAGUAUGAAUUAUCAGCAGAGUUUCUUGAGGCACACGAGGCCAAUGGAGAAUUUAAAGUGGAGAAUGUAAAGAUCUUGGUACCGGUAAUCAACCACGAUAUUAUUUUACAAGAAAAUGAUUUAGUAUCGUACGAUAUAUUGGAUCAAACGGGUACUGUUUUCACAAUUGCCAAUAUUGACUUACAGGAACCACAAGGAUCAUUUGAGUUUUCUGUGCCCUUGGAUAACGUCGAUGAGGGCGAGGACUCCUUAUUCCCUAUGGAAUUACAGUUUGAUAUAAACAAUACCGGUUUGAUAGAAGGUGACGUGUCAUUGGGUGGUGUUUCCAUUACCGAUGUUGUGUCAAAUGAUGAAGAAGAAAAGUCCUUGCCUUUUGAUUUGCAUUCAAAUGUGAUUUCAGAUAGCUACAUUGUGGAGUAA